GGCACUGCUAGGCACAUCACUAUUGAAAUUGUCAAAACUACAAUCACUGGUUUUUGACGUUUUCUUUCUUUUCUAUUGUCAAAGUUGCCGAAAGGUACAGACUCAAGAUGUUGAUGCCAAAACAAAAUCGUGUUGCUAUCUAUGAGUACCUCUUCAAAGAGGGAGUCAUGGUAGCUAAAAAAGACUAUCAUGCUCCAAAACACCCUGAUCUGGAGAAAAUUCCUAACCUCCAAGUGAUCAAAGCUAUGCAGUCCCUGAAAUCCAGAGGUUAUGUUAAGGAACAGUUUGCAUGGAGGCAUUUUUACUGGUACCUGACCAACGAGGGCAUUGAAUACCUGAGAAUCUUCCUGCACCUGCCUCCUGAAAUCGUACCAGCGACACUGAAACGCUCCGUGAGGACAGAGACCGUCCGCCGUGGAGCCGUCGGCAGGCCCGAGGGCCCCGCCCGCUCGGCUGAAGACCGCUCAGCGUACCGCCGCGCCCCUACUGCCCCUGGUGGAGGAGCUCAUGACAAGAAAGCUGACGUCGGCCCUGGCUCAUCUGAAGUCGAAUUUAGAGGAGGAUACGGACGCGGCAGGCCUGCACCUUAAUUUAAGCUAAUAAAAAAUAUGUAUUAA